CGAUUCGAAAUCGAUGAUUUACAGUUUAGAAAUUAUUUUUCAGCACCUUCGUUUGUUAAAUGAAUAUUUCAGUUAGUUGUAGUUAGUCACGGUGUGAAAGUUGUUUAGAAUUUUGAUAAAGUUGAUAAAAACCGCGUUAUGAAGUCCAACUAUCCAGUUAUUGAUUGUGCAAACCGCUCCCGGUCCGCUUCGCCUGCAUCUCCGCAAUUGCGAGCGCGCCGGACGGCUAAAAUCCGCCGACGAUCGACCGGUUUGUGGCCCCGGGAAAACGCCGUUCAGUUUGAGGCGAGGUGUUUCGCCGUCCGGUUAACGCUGCGAUGUUCCCGUCAUACGACAACGAACGUUUCAUCGGCGUCAUAAGGAACUAUCCGGCUAUUUGGGACAAUGGUACUGCUGAAUACGGCGACAGGAACCAGAGGGAGCAAGUGUGGCUGUUGGUGGGGAAGAGUAUGUUCGAGGAUUGGUCCAAGAUGAAGACCAAGGAGAAACAUGCACAAGUGAAAGAGAUGAAGAACAAGUGGAGGAACAUACGCGACUCCUACGCCAAAUAUAUAAGCCAAGGCAAAAACAGAACGAGGAAAAAGAAGUAUAUAUACGCGGAUGCUCUUUCUUUCCUCUACAAAACCAUUAACAAAAAAAAAACUGAUCGUUUCUUUGAUAACUCUGAACAACCGAAAGAUACAGACCAAAACUCCUUCCAAAUGAACGGCGACAGCGAAGACACGGAAGUCAUGCAGAUAAUGGGACAAACAGGUUUAGCUUCGGAUUUUCUGGAGCAAAGGAUUGAGGAACAAGGCCUGACCGAGUUCCAGAGCAAAUUACUGGAUAAACUCGAUGCUAAACUGAACGAUGGAGACAACGGGGAUAAACUGUUUUUGAUGUCGGUUUUGCCACAAGUCAGCCGAUUGAGUGAAGAAGAAAAGCUCGACUUCCGGUUGCAUGUCUUGAAUUUCUUUAAAGGCUUAAAAAAGGAUGAUCAGGCUUCUUCAACUGAAGAAUGUUUAAUAAAGUCUGAUACUUUUCGAUAAUAAAGUUUAUUUGGA